AUGUCUCUCGCACACACGGCUGCAGAGUACAUGCUCUCGGAUGCCCUGCUGCCGGACCGCAGGGGCCCCCGCCUCAAAGGACUGCGCCUGGAACUUCCCCUGGACCAGAUGGUCAAGUUCAUAGCGGUGGGCUUCCCCUUGCUGCUGAUGUCCCUGGCCUUUGCCCAGGAAUUCUCCUCCGGGUCUCCCAUCAGCUGCUUCCCUCCCAGUAACUUCAGCGUCCGGCAGGCGGCCUACGUGGACAGUUGCUGCUGGGAGUCACUGGUUCACCACGAGCAGGAUGAGCCUGGCCGGUACAAGAUGAAAUCCCUCUGGCCUCACAAGGCCCUCCCUUACUCCCUGCUGGCCCUGGCCGUGGCUAUGUACCUGCCUGUCCUGCUGUGGCAGUAUGCAGCUGUGCCUGCCCUCAGCUCAGAUCUGCUGUUCAUCAUCAGCGAACUGGACAAAUCCUACAAUCGCUCCAUCCGCCUCGUGCAGCACAUGCUCAAGAUCCGGCAGAAGAGCUCAGAUCCCAAUGUUUUCUGGGAUGAGCUGGAGAAGGCUCGGAAAGAGCGAUACUUUGAAUUUCCCUUGCUGGAGCGGUACCUGGCAUGUAAGCAGCGUUCGCAUUCACUAGUGGCCACCUACCUCCUGAGGAACUCCCUUUGGCUUGUCCUCACCUCAGCCACCUACCUGUACCUCGGCCACUUCCACCUGGAUGUCUUCUUCCAAGAGGAAUUCAGCUGUUCCGUCAAGACAGGACUGCUGAGUGAUGAGAGCCACAUUCCUGAGCUGAUCACAUGCAGGCUGACCUCCCUGUCUGUCUUCCAGAUUGUGAGUCUCUCCAGCAUAGCAAUAUACACCCUUUUGGUUCCUGUGAUAAUAUACAACCUCACACGGCUCUGUCGGUGGGACAAACGACUCCUAUCCAUUUAUGAGAUGCUCCCAGCUUUUGAUCUUCUCAGCAGGAAGAUGCUGGGGUGCCCCAUCAAUGAUCUCAACGUGAUCCUUCUCUUCCUCCGAGCCAACAUAUCUGAGCUCAUCUCUUUUAGCUGGUUGAGUGUCUUAUGUGUGUUAAAGGAUACAACCUCUGAGAAGCACAACAUCGACACAGUGGUCGAUUUCAUGACUUUAUUGGCUGGUUUAGAACCUUCAAAACCUAAACAUCUCACCCAUCAAGUGUAUGAUGAAAAUCUGUAG